CCGAGCGAAUAGCAGAGGAGGGCGGGCUGGCCUUGACGGAGGUGGUGCCAACAUCAGUGUCCACGGUCCCUUUGUACACAGGCGCAGCAGAGACACGGGGAAACCACGCUGUCUUCUCACACACCAUCAACCUCACUGACGACUCCGCGUGGCUGAGCGCAGCCGGCUUCAGGCUCCACACCGCGGACCCACCUGCACUCAGACUCGGGUGAAGCGGGAAGCACAGCGAGUGACGAAGAAGAAGAAGAAGAAGAAGAACAAGAAGAAGAAGAAGAAGAAGAGAGAGUUAACUCCAGCAAACAUGUCUGCUUUGAAAAAGAGAAACUCGAAUUCCUUUGCGGACAAGGAAGAGGACAAACAUGUCACGGAGAAGAUGCUGCCCGUCGGGGAGACGACAGACUCCGGGGCUCAGGGAGCCGGAGGGGAGGAAGGGGUCGUCCUGAAGAGGACCAUCACCCUGGUGAACGGCGUGGCCAUUAUCGUUGGCACGAUCAUAGGCUCGGGCAUCUUCAUCACACCCACCGGCGUGGUGAAGGAGGCAGGCUCGGUGGGUCUGUCCCUGAUAGUGUGGGCAGUGUGCGGCGUCUUCUCCACGGUGGGCGCCCUCUGCUACGCGGAGCUGGGCACCACCAUCACCAAGUCCGGCGGGGACUAUGCCUACAUCCUGGAGGUGUACGGCUCCCUGCCGGCUUUCCUCAAACUCUGGAUCGAGCUGCUCAUCAUACGGCCCUCGUCACAGUACAUCGUCUCCUACGUGUUCGCCACCUACCUCCUCAAACCCAUUUUCCCCGACUGUCCGGUGCCGGAGGACGGGGCUAAGCUGGUGGCCUGCCUCUGUAUCCUCCUGUUGACCUUCGUGAACUGCUACAGCGUGAAGGCGGCGACCAGGGUGCAGGACUUCUUCGCUGCUGCCAAGCUCCUCGCGCUCGCCAUCAUCAUCAUCAUCGGCUUCGUCAAGAUCGCCCAAGGUGGAACAGAUGAACUUCUUCCAGAGAAUUCCUUCCAAGGCUCCCACUAUGACGUUGGGAAAAUUGGCCUGGCGCUGUACAGCGGUCUGUUUGCCUACGGUGGUUGGAACUACUUGAAUUUUGUUACAGAGGAAAUGAUUGAACCUUUCAAAAACCUUCCCAGAGCCAUCAUCAUCUCUCUGCCCAUAGUCACAGUAGUGUACGUUCUGACCAACCUGGCGUAUUUCACCACCCUCUCCCCAGAUGAGAUGCUCAACUCGGAGGCCGUCGCCGUGGAUUUCGGUAACCGUCACCUGGGUGUGAUGGCCUGGAUCAUUCCGGUGUUUGUCGGCCUGUCCUGCUUUGGAUCAGUCAACGGAUCUCUCUUCACGUCGUCCAGGUUAUUCUUUGUGGGCUCACGGGAGGGUCACCUGCCCAGUCUGCUGUCCAUGAUCCACCCCACUCUGCUCACCCCACUGCCCUCGCUUCUAUUCACGUGUUUGAUGACGCUGCUGUACGCCUUCUCCACCGACAUCUACUCCGUCAUAAACUUCUUCAGCUUCUUCAACUGGCUCUGCAUCGCCAUGGCGAUCAUCGGGAUGAUGUGGCUGCGUUACAAGAAGCCAGAGAUGGAGCGACCCAUCAAGGUAAAUAUUCUGCUGCCAGUGACCUUCGUGAUGGCCUGCUUCUUCCUCGUCGUCGUCUCCUUCUGGAAGACUCCCAAAGAGUGCGCCAUUGGCUUCGGCAUCAUCGCCACCGGUCUGCCCUUCUACAUGUUGGGCGUGUGGUGGAAAACCAAACCCAAGUGGCUGCUGCGCGGACUCUCUUCGACGACAGCUCUGUGCCAGAAGGUGAUGGAGGUGGUGCCUCAGGAGUCGUAAAAUAACAAACAAAAACAAAAGUGUCCUCGCCUCAAACUUCAGCCGGCGACCCCGAUCGGAUCGAUGUAUGAACUGUGAUCUACGGCCUCCGACCUGACGGCUGAUGAGCAACGAUCUGUGUCGACGCCUUUCAACUCUUUCUCACUAUCUCUCUCACACACACACACGCGCACACACACACGCACGCACACACGCACACGCACACACACACACACACACCGAUGUCAUUGGGAAGAACCUGAUAUUCUGUUGCUCUUUGGUUUAUGUUACAUUUGUUUAGUCACUAACUGUAGAAGAAGAAAUAUGCAUCUUUACUGUCUUUUUUAUGAUGCAUUUCAACUUACUGGUUUGUUUGUUUUUGUAGAUAGAGGGUUCCCACAAGUCCUUGAAAUCCUUGAGACUUUCUCAAGGCCCUUGAAAGUUUUGGAAAUUGCCCUAAAUCGACAUUGGGUCAUUGAAAGUGCUUGCCUUUUGGUGCAAGAAAGAAGUGAAGUUGAUAUUUAGGUAAAUGUCUCCUCUGUUUCACGCCUAUGCAGACCAAACGUCGGUGUUGUGGACACUGUCCACUGUCAACUGUCUCUCUCUCUCAUAAAUGAGGACGGAACUCCAACAUCUGUCUCACCAAAGACAAUUUACAAACACUGACUUUGACCCACGAUCCCAAGGACAAUCACUUGUCCAGAUACAGAAUGAAAGUGGACGCCAUCAUCCGGAGAAGUGGCUCCUCCCAUCUGAAGCUGUGUCGGCACAUUGGGUCCUUGAAUUUGAGCGGGGAAUUCGUCCAGGAAAGGCCUUGAAAAGUCCCUGGAUUUGAUGUCAACCAAGGCUUGGGAACCCCUGUAGAGAUAACUCCAUCGUGAGAGAGACGUGUUACAUUUAGGAUAAUCGUGCCUUACCGGGCAAGUGAAGAACUGCCGACUGUGACAAAAGUCGUUCACCCGCUUCACCCGCUUCACCCGCCCGUGAGCUCGCUGCAUUCUUAACAACUUUUUAAGUUUUUGUUUGCAUUUAUGUAGAAGUCGUCGCUUUGUUUUCUCAGACCACUUCCGUUAAUAGUCCUCAAGUUCGUGGUCGUUGUCCUUACACUACUGAACUUUAACUUAACUCUCCUGCUGUGAGGAAGUCAGCGAACGUUGAAGGAAUAAGAUUUUACCUUUUAUUUUUUUUUUUUUCUCCGUCGUGCAGUUCAAGCCGGUCAUAUUAUGGUCCACUCGUGGUUAAAUCAAAUCGCGCCCCUUUUUUUGUCGUCAAGGAGGUUCCGUUAGAAAAUGACACUGUGGGAAUUUACCAGAUUGGAAAGAAAACCUUACGCUUACUCAAAAUCUGGAUGUGUGUUACUAGAAUCUCUGAUCUGAACAGUUAAAGAAAUGUUUACACUCCACUCUUUUCCACAACGUUAGCAACACUGAAACUCACACUGUUUUUCUUUGAAUACUUACUGUAAUGGAGCUCUGGACCUCGGGGACACGCACAGUGUCGGGUCAGCAGUAGCAGCAGCAGCGUGAGCAGCAGCGUGAGCAGCAGUGUGAGCAGCAGCAGCAGCAGUUAUUAUCAGCAGUUAAUGAACCACUCCUUUAAGACCUGAUGUGGGGGGGUUAGGGUAAGGGGGUUGUUGUGAGGCCUCUAGGUUGUGUUGUGAAGGUUGUAUUUGUAACCUCUUCAGGACAUUUGUCUGGCAUAAACACGGACCUCGCCAGGACCAGUCGUCCACUCAUGAAGACCGAAACCUGGUCCUAAUGAGGCACAACCUCAUUUUCUGAAGCUGGUUAGGGAUGAUGCUUAGUUUCAGCUGUUCAAAUUAAUGCAAGUCAAUGCAGUGUCCUGAAAAGAAUAGCUGUGCACACGCGUGUGUGUGUGUGUAUUUCUGUUUUCUUGUAUGGGUAUCUUUGUGAGGACCAGAAAAUGUAUAAACCAUUGGGAGUGAGACUGAUCCUCAAGUUUUAUUGCCCACAUUUUGACGGUUAAGACUUGGUUUUCAGGUUAGAACUGGGUUACGGUUAGGCGUUUAGUUGUGAUGGUUAAGGUUAGGGUAAGGGGCUAAGGACUACAUCAUGUCUGAGUGUCCACACCAAGACUUCUUGUACGUACAUCUUUGUGAGGACCAAAAAGCUUAUAAACCACAGGAAUCAAGGACUUUUAUUGUGAAAGUGAGGACAUUUCAUGUUCUGUUGCCCACAUUUUGAGGGUAAAGACUUGAUGCAUCAUGUCUUGAGUGUCCUCACUACAACUUUUGUAUGUAGAGGACCAAAAAACUUGUAAACCACAGGAAUGUAGGACUUUUAUUGUGAAAGUGAGGACUCUUCUCUUGGGUUUAUGUUAGCGUUGGUUUAACGGUUAGAUUCAGUCACUUAGUUGUGAUGGUUAAGAAUGAAUUAUGUCUUUGUCUAUGCGUGUCCUCAUGAAGAAUGCUGUACAAGUGUGUGUGUGUGUGUGUGUGGAUUGUUAAUGUGCUUGAGUACAUGGAGAAAAAUCCUCAAAAGGAAAUGAGAAAAAUGUUUUUUUGUUUUUUUUUGGCGGGGGUGGGCGGGGUUGAAAUGUCAAGGGAAAAACAUCAGAUCUCAAUAUGAACUUUUCUUCUUCUUUUCUUUUUUUUUUUAUCCGCACACAUCAUUCCAUUUUUAUUUCCUCACUCCUCCAGAAACAAGAGUUACUGCUGUAUUACUAACGUCCACCCUCGUCCUGCAACGGAAAAAAGUACGUGACCAUGGCUCCGCCGUAUCCAUAGCGACGGUGACUUGCGACGCGACUCCCUGCAGAGGGCGGUUUGGAGUUGUUGCCAUGGAGACAGAAUGCAGGACAGGUUUAAUGUGUAUGUCUUAGCACCAGAAACUUUUCUAACACUCCAGCCAUCGCGCUUCGUCGGUGGCGGGGGGGAAACUAACUUGAUUUAGGAUUUAGGAUUUAGAAAGCUAAUUUAUUUAUUUUUUUAGGAAACUUUUGUUCGUUUAUUGUUUAGUCACUUUAAUGUGGUUUACAGGACAUUUUGUGGAAAGUGCUUUAUGAAUAAAUCUCAAGUUUUUUUCCAUC